CUUCUUCAUACUUGCCAGGAUGGAUCUUGGUAAGGCAAAGCUGCUCAGGACAGGUCUCAACACACUGCACCAAGCCAUUCACCCUGUACAUGGGAUUGCGUGGACGGACGGCAAGCAGGUCUGCCUAACAUCUCUCUACUUUAUCAAUGGCAGCGUGAAGUUUGGGGAUACCAAUGUCAUUGGGCAGUUCGAGCAUGUAUUCGGACUCUUCUGGGGCCCGCUGUGCUGCUCUGAUUCUCCCGCUUUGCUGGCUGUCCAGCACAAGAAGCAUGUUACUGUGUGGCAACUGCAGCUCAGUGCUCUCGAGCAGAACAAGUUGCUGUGCACGCAGACCUGUGAGAUGAGCGAGCCUUUCCCGUUGCUCUCUCAAGGCUGUGUUUGGCACCCUAAACUGGAUAUUUUAGCUGUGCUGACUAAGAGAGACACUUCUGUGCUGUUUUCUGUCAGGGUGGACAACAGGAGAAUCAAAGCAGAUAUCAAAGGUAGCGGACUCAUCCACUGUGCAUGCUGGACUAAGGAUGGCACACGCCUGGUGGUGGCUAUAGGCAGUGCCCUUCACUCCUACAUCUGGAAUGACAUCCAAAAGAGUCUGGUGGCCUGUUCUUUCUGUCCCAUCUUCGAUGUGGGAGGCUAUAUCUGUGCCAUUGAGGCCACAGGCGAAGCUCAAGUAGCUGUUUCUACAGAGCUGCCGCUGGAUAAGAUAUGUGGGUUAAAUGCUAGCAUAGCAUUCGACUUACCAACUGAGACCGAGGCCCUGCACAGCCAGGUCAUGCCAGAUGAUGACAGCCUUUGGAAUCGAGGGAGAAGAUCCUUCGAAUCAGAAAGGUCCUUCAUCCCUAGCUCAGGUCCCCUUGAUCUUACCCAUCUCUUGGCGAGGACACCGUCGUUCUGACCCAGCCACCUUAUCCACUUGCGUCGCAGAGACACUGUGACAGGCACCGGCCAGGACUCCUAACUCAUUCUGGUCACCUAUGGAAAGGUCACCACCACUCGUAAAGUCAGCAUUCCGGGGAUUUUGGUCCCAGACAUUGUGGCUUUUGAUCGUGGUUCCACAGUUGCAGUUGCUUCAAACACCUGCAACAUGGUUCUUGUCUACUGCAUCACAGCCUCUGCAAUGCCGAACAUACAGCAGAUCUCACUGCAGCAGAAUGAGAGGCCCAAAGGAGUCUGCUUCCUCAAUGAGAAGAUUUUACUGUUAAUGGUGGGCAGACAGAAGUCCAAUGACCCUGCCUUCCUCCCGUCUGCUAACACUGAUAAAUACAUUCUUCAUCUCAUAGCCAAAGAGUUGAUGUACGAUGGAGAGUCUCCAAUCUCCUGUAUACCAUCCCCCUCUGCUCACAGCCAUGAGUCCACCUCUAAUUUCUGCACAGGUAUUAGGAGGCACUCAGAGCACCUGUCAAAGGAUGACAGAGAGCGCCCAGGAUAAAAGAACUUGGUACUGCCUGGAAAGGGAGUAGUUUGUUCGCCAGGGAACAGGCGAAGAUUGGUUGAGGAGGUGAGCACCAACACUGCGGAAAUAUCAGACAGAGCCCCGUCCAGUGCCUCUUCUGUUACUGUGGAAAAUUUUGACAUAGACCACAUCAGCCGCAUGGCCAGCCUGGCAGUGGCCGGACAGGUCAGCAGAGAUUGCCGGGCCAGUUCUCCUCGCUUUGAGACGUCGGACAAGAUGCACUCAGAGCCGACGCUGCCUAUGCCCGAAAAGACUCCUGGCUCGGGCAAGGAGCGUGCAGUGGAGCAGCUCGUUCAUAACAUGGAAAGACUUUUUACAAGAUUUACAGAAGUGCAGCAGUGCCUGACAGAAAUCAGAGAUUACACUCAGAAUGGGAAAAAGGCCACGAUCGUCUACCCCCAAUGCCUGCGAACCCCAUAUGUCAAUGUCACAUGCCAGGUACAGUUUUACAUGCAACUGUCAGAAAAUGUUUUCAUCGAUGAGCGGAGGCCAGUGCUGCUGUGUGACGGAAAGCUGUGUCUGCGUAUCCUCCAAGACCUCUUCAACCUAACCAUUGUGGAGAUGAUGUAUGGACCACUGUGGAUUGUACUUGUGGCAGAUGCAGAUGGCUUUGUGCCUCUAACAUUUAAGCCCAAAGAGGAGCUCACAGUGCGGAACGGAAAGCGGAAAUCAACCCUGCGGACUCCCGGGAGUCCAGAGAACUCUUGCCCAUCUAGUCCAGCCCCCACCCAAAGCCCCAGCACAACCACAGAGGCCUCCACGUAGCAACUCCUAACGCACACCUCAAUAUAUGGACUCACAGAGCAAUAUCACCUCUGUUACCGCAAUAUAUCUGACUGGAACAUCCAGAGCUGCAGUGAUGAAAUGGAUCACAGCUGUAUAACAAAUGUAUUUUUAUGUGUGUUGAAAAGGUAGCCAUUCCAUAAGGGCCGCCCAUUGCACUCCCUGCAAUGUUUACAUUGUCUCCUUUAAAAAAACAAGUCUGUGCAGUUCAGUUAUUUAUUGAAGCAGGACGUGCUGAUUAGCAGUCCAGCAACAGUGUUGAGUAUGUUUUAGAUGUGUUUGAGUCGUGUUUCCCAUUGUUCUGAUGUCCUCGUAUGUGAACAAAUAGAGGCUACUGAAGAAGUCUUAUUUCCAUCUGCAGAAGCAGAUCUAUGAAAUUCAGGGUUUACACUUACAAUGUCAGGUUUAGCACUUUAUCAGCUCAAAUGUUGAAUUUAACCUUGUAUUGUAUCCCCCUGGAAUUUUAACAUGUUCAGGAAAACCCAUUUGACCACUAGAGGGGGCAGUACUCUACAGAAACUUUUCUCUUGUGGUCAUACCCUUUUUUUUUUAGGAGUGCUGUGGUUUGUUUUGGAUGUCCAAAGAAAGGUGUAUUUGGGCAGCUUUCUGAAAAUUAUAUUUGUAUGUGUUAUUUUGCAUUGCACAACCUCCUCAGCAAAGAUCCACAACACCCACUGCAAAGCACUCUCUACAACAUUUAUUCAUUUAAUAUCAUCAAACCUUUUGUAAUCAUAUAUUAUAAAUAAAUAACAGCGUUGUAGAGCUAAACACAGCAAAUAAUUCUAU